AUGUCUGAGAGAACGAGACGGCGCAAAGCACCAUGUAAGUAUUAGAAAGUGAAAAAUCCAUUUUUUAUAUAUACAUAGAUUUAAGCAGCUGUGUUUGUGAUGUGAUUUUCUUACUCGACUUCGUGGACUGAACAGCAAAAUUAAAUAAGUGCUGUGCAAGCUUUGUACGCGCAAUGAUCACGACUCCCAAAGGUAUCCAAAAACAUAAAGCAGUGAUUUCCAGCUCCAGCAGAAGUAAUGAUUAUCAAUUAGUGGUUAUCAACGGGAGGAGUUACUAAAACGAAAAUAAAUAGGGCUAAAGGCAUACAUAGUUGAUACAAUCUGCCGUCUGCAAAUGCCAACUACAUGUGACUCACCGCAAAAAAAAAAAAACACAACGGCAAGAACUACUUAAAAAAUUUUGUAACGCUUCUGUGUAAAGUAAUUAUGUUAUCGCUGAGGAGAGUAUUCUCCCGAUGAGCUGAACUCAUCCAGCCAUGCGAAUAGCAAAGGAUAUUAGCAGUUUGAGUAGCCAACAGAGCACCCCUUAGUGCUGUCAGCUGUUUCAGUUUUUACUAAAAUAUCAUACAUCCCAAUCAAAAUUUCAGCCAGCACCAAUGACCAGGACAAAACAAGAAAUGCUUCACCAGUUAAAAAGCUGAAAUUGGAUUCAAAUGGUAAAAUACCAACUAAUGCUUCACCCAGUCUUAAACCAGUAGCAUGGGAAAGAGAGUCUGAUAAGUCAACAUGGACAAAGUUUUCUGCUAAUCAGGUUGAGGUUAUCAGUGAAGCCUUUAAAGCUGGAAAACCAGAUGUGGAUAUCAAAGAUGGCAAGUCUGAGAUCACAGUUAUAUUUGAGAGGAUGGUGCAGAGGAAUAAGAAAACUGGAUGGGAAAAAAGGAUUAGAUGCACUCUGGUGGACAGAAGUGUAGAUCCAGAUGAAUGUAAGAGGAUGAUUUGUGCUUGCCUAUUCCUUUAUAGGUUGUUUCAUGGAAAGAGAGUAGGGAGUUGGUGAAAGAAAGACAACUUUAUUACCCUUGUUUUAAAACUAGGAGCUGUACAUGAGAAUGCCCAACCUUUUAAGUAGACCCACUUCAAAACCUGAACUUCUUUUAUGAAGAAUUUUACCUAAAUCUGUUAUAUUGUCAUUUGGCAUAUCCAUUUUGAUAAAUAUUCCUAAUCCUGAAGUAUGUGUUAUUCUGUCUUGGUUGAUUAUUGCCUCUUUUAUUUUUAGUCCCAUCCAAAAAUUAUUUGUUGUUCCCUCUAUUUGGAAAGUCAUUUUAUUAAGUGCAGAAAUGAUUCAAACUGCUAUUUUUAUAGGUAUUGUGCAAGUAAACUCCAAAAAGUGUGAAAUGACUAGGGAAUGUUAUUAUGGCCUCAGAAAGUGCAGUUGCUGAGCAUUGUGAAGCAAAACAGACUCAGGAUUGAUUACAAAUAUAAUAGAUGUUAAUUUGAACUGAGAGAAUUACUGAAUUGAAUGAUGUUUGGAUAACAAGGACAAUGUGUUGCAAAUUUACAUCUCCUUUUUGUGGGGUUUGCAGGCAUACUACCCCUAAAAAAUUUAAAUUUGAAUCUCUCUGAGACAUUUAUAGCAUUCUGGGACAUGUUUGUGUAAUUUUUUAUGCCGAGCAUUGAUGUUAGAAUCAGUUAAAAAUGCUUAUUUUCUGUCUGUGAUCAUAAUUCACAAAGUGGCCAGUGCAAAAUGGUUUGAGGGGUUUCUGCUGCCUACUGCCCUCUAAUGACCACCUGACAAUGUCUUUGAACAAUUUAUUGAAAAUUUUUCUAAUGGUAUGCUUGCCAAUUGCUCUCGUUGCAGAUACUUGGGAAUAUGAGGAUGCCAAAGGAAAUUGGACAGAAUACUCUAAGCCUAUUGUUUACCUUUUUGAGGCAGCAUACAUGGUAGGGUUAUCCAGCAUCAAGUUCAAAGAUGAUAAAAAAGAACUUAUUCUUGAUUUAGCAAAGAAAGUUCAAACAACUAAAACUGGAAGGGGAGUGAAGAAUGUACAUCGAAUCAAGGCCACUGAUGCUAGUAAGUUAAUAUUGACAGUGUUCUAAUGUCAGAGGGCAAUAAUCAGUUAUUUUAUGGUGGUUGUGGAAAUGAAUGUUGCUGCUAUUUUACUGAAUUAUUAACCAAAAUACCUCUUUCAGUUGAUGCAAAUGAUCAUUUAGACCUCUCAAAAAUAUUACGUAUAACAAAGACAAAGGUAAUUUAUCAACCAGUGGUGCAAACAGAUCUCUGGUGUAAGGAUGUUGAUAUCUGACAGUGAACAGAAAAGGAUGCCAAGAGACAAUUUUCAAGAGACCCUUUGAAUUUACUAAAAACCAAGAACUAUACUAAUGGUGGCCACUCAUCAGUAUGUGUGACAGAAAAAUUACAUUUGUGUACUUGGGCAAAGUUUGCAAGAAUCCUUCUUGAUUUUAAAUUGGAUUAGGGGAAUCAAGAAGCACUUCUGAUGCUCUCUUCAAAACCUUAUUGGGGAAAUCAAUCCUAGUUUACUAUUAUUUGAUGAUUGAAUUAUGAAAAAAGAUUAAGAUGAAUCUUGUGGUUUAGAUAUUACAAUUUUUCUCACCUUAGUCUCAAAGACCCAACCUAAAGCAGUGACAGCAGAUAAGAGUGCUGCAAAGGCAAACAAGAAAGUGAAAAAAGAAGCUGAAGCUGAAAAUGGUAAGUGUUAUGUAAAUCAAACUUUUUCUUGUCACAUGGAAAAGUUGGUAUGUACCUCAAUAAGAGCCACAUGUGUGAGUCAAAAAUUUGAUUAGCAUUGUUUCAUUCAUUAGACCUUUUUCUUUAAAGGUGAUGUGAAGUCAUUUGUGUUCAGUGGAAAGGCUCCAGUGGACAGUUUCUGCACAAUUAAAGACAGCACUCAUGUGUUUACAGAAGGAGAUGACAUUUGGGAUGUAAUGCUGAACCAGGUAAUUCUUCAAUCCUUGUCACUUCUAAGAUCCCAUUAUUAAUUUUCCUCACUUGCUGCCACACAUUUCUUAAAAUUCAAAAUUGAUAAUUUUAUGGUAAAUCAAACUAUAUUUCAACAUUGAUUGUUUCCUUUCCUAUCAUUUCCUCUUUGCUCUGCAAUGCAUAAUAGUAUUAUUAUUAAUUAAUCUAUAGGUGUACUGAUGUCAAUGAAAUUAUGUAGUCUUUGUUACCAUUUCACAAGUGUUAUAUAUCCAAAUGUUCCAAUUCCUUGGCAGACAAAUGUCAUGAACAACAACAACAAAUACUAUCUCAUUCAAUUGCUGGAGGAUAACCAAGCAAAGAAGUAUUAUGUCUGGCAAAGAUGGGGAAGAGGUAGUGAUAGUAACAUCUGAUCUUUGAAAGUAAUGCUAUGAUGAUUUGUGGCUAAAAGGAAAAGAAAAAGUGUUUUUUCUUUGUCUCAUGCUCAUAACAAGUUGAAAAAACUUCUUUCUCUAUUUCUAUAAAGAACUCAAAUUUUAACAUCCUUAUUUUGGUUCCUAUUUGUUUCCCCAGUAGAGUUUCACUUGAACCAGAAGCUGUGUUUUGUAAUGUGUCCUGGGAGUCUGUCUUGUCACAGUCUGCCAGAUUUAUCACUCACAAAGAUUGUGUGCAUUUAUCCAAUCACCAUCAGCACGUAUGUUUUUUUUUUUUCAGUGGGAUUCAAUGGUCAAAACAACUUAGUUACCUGUGGGCCAGAUCUUGAGGGGGCUAAAAGAGUGUUCACCAAAAAGUAAGGUCAACUUGUUGGCUUUAAAAUAAUAAUUUAAGUGUUUCAAACUAUCGAUAUGACCUGUGACCUAAAAAUGAAAAGAUAUUCGGAAGAAUAUCUUUUCAUGAUCAUCAAAGUUGAUUUACCAGGAAAAAAUAAUAAUAAUGGUGAGAAAGACAGCUUGUGCAAUAUUAUUACAUGUAAUGGCUUUUUAAAUGUUGUUGACCCUUUAAGUCCUAGAAGUGAUGAACAUGUUACUUCUCCCCAUAAAUAUGCACACAUACAGCAAAUCAAUGAUGAGAAUACUCAAACUUAAUGGUAAAAGUUGUUAUCUUGAUCUAAUACCAAAUUCUCAAAACAAAUUUAUAAGAAAAUGUGUUGCAGCCAGAGGGAAUUUACAACCUGAUCUUGGGCAUUAAAGGGUUAAUGAGAAAAUCAACCUGAUAUCUCAGGGCCAAUCAAGGAGAUAGAAAAACAUUUUUGUAAAAAUACAGGGGACACAAACUUGAUUUAAGGGAAAUGUGUAUCUGAUUUUCAGAUUCACAGACAAGACCAAAAAUGAUUGGGAGGACAGGCAUAACUUUCAAAAAGUCCCAGGGAAGUAUGAUCUUCUGAUCAUGGAUUACAAUGCUGACAAGGAGGAAAAAGAUCAAGUUGAUGCACCUGUAAAAGAAGAAAAACCUACUUUAGAAAGCAAACUGGACAAAAGAAUCCAGAACUUGGUAGAACUGAUCUGCAAUGUACAGGCAAUGGAAGAAAUGUUGAAGGAGAUGAAGUAUGACACCAGAAAGGCACCUCUUGGUAACUAUGGGAUUUAUAUAGAAGAUACUUAAGUAACAAUAGGGUCUUGUUGUUUGAUUCAGAUUGUCACGUCUCCUGAUGAAGAUUAGGAUGAUUUGCCCUGAGGUUGAGAAACCAUGGGAUACCAUAUGAAACAUGAUAUUUCAUUUCAUUCAGUUAGUUUUCAGUAGCAGUAAAUGGCACAUUGUAAUCAUUGUUAUUUUGGUGAGUUCUCCUCUUAGCAAUUGGCUGGUCAUAUGCAUCCUCUAUGAUUUUCCUUCUUGAUCCUCAGUAUUUACACCUCCAAAAUUUUAAUUCCGCUGUAUUUAGCUUAAGUCAAGUGGCCUACUAUUUUGUUUUGUUAUGUCACAUCAUUCUGCGAUUGGAAAAUUGAAAGCCAUAGAACCAGUGUGGAUCAUCCAAAGGUCAAUCAAAUAAUUACCUUGUUGUGAGAUCUAAGUAAAUUGGCUUUAUUUCACCCAAUCUUUUGUGCAUUUUCCAUGCAAUCUUUCUAGGAAAGCUUACCACAGAUCAAAUUAAAGCUGGUUAUGAAGCCCUGAAGAGGAUUGAUACCUGCAUAAGAAACAGUGACUUUGGCUCUAAACUGGUGAAAGCAUGUGAUGAGUUCUACACAAGAAUUCCUCACUGUUUUGGGUAAGUGAGUAGUAUUAAGCCAGCACACCAGCCAUCAGAAAUAAUUGUACUGUAUCUGCCACCACAUUUUUACCUUGUAUUAAGCACUUUCUGAAAAUAUGCUGAACCCAAACGAGCCCUGCACUUUGAAGAAAAUAUCUUGAUUAGCACUGCUAAGAUGUUUUUUAUGAAGAGCUAAUCAUAUAAAACCGUCAAAUUCCUUCCUCCUUCAGGAUGAAAAGACCACCUCUCCUAAGAACAACAGAGGAUGUCAAGAUCAAACUGGAUUUGUUAGAGGUAUGUAUGGUGUUCUGUUGGUCAUAAUGAGUUGAUCAAGAAAUGUGGAUAUAGACCAAAUUCUUUGAUAAGUCUACCCCCAGAGUUCUGUGCUGCACAUCAACAACAAUCCUUUACACAUAACAGACUCAGCCAAAAAGGAGGGACUGCUUGUAGAAACGUUUGGCAGACUUUUAAAGCACAAAAAAAUUGGGUUGAGAAAGAAAAUUCUACAGAUGUGGAUGAGAGAAGGGAGGAACAGCAGGGUCUUUCCCCAUCAGCUUUCCCACUUAAUCACUCUCCUUUAACACUACAUCAAACAUAAGUCCAUGAUAAAUAAGUUACAGGAAUGGAAAAGAUAUGAGUUACAGGACUUCAGAGAGCAGGUUUUGUUCAAAAAUGAUUUUGCUGCAGUUUAACAAUCACUUUGUGUUAACAAAUCCAAGUGUUAGAUCUGAAAGUUCAACAGGCUUUUCAUAAGACAGUCCUACCUUGCCUGAUCAGGUGACCAACCAGAAUGUAGUAUACUCAUUCAUCUUUCUGACUGCAAAGUUGGUCAUUAUGAUGAAAAAUAUUAACACAUGAUUUUUAUGAAUUCAUCUAUAAAUUUUACAGUCCAGUGUAGCACUGAUAAAAGCUAUCUAGCCAGACAUGACAGUUUUUGGAAAUAAUUUGCAUUUGAUACUUGAAAAUUUCUUUAACAUUUUGUGUUGAUUAUCGAAACUUUGUACAUUGAAUUUACUUAUGUUGAUUAUGUCUCUUUUAGGCCUUAGGAGACAUUCAAAUUGCUGUCAAGGCCUUGCAAGAAGAAGAGGAAUCCCUUGAACAUCCAAUUGACAAGCAUUACAAAACACUUCAUUGUGCUUUGAAGCCCCUUGAUCAUGAGCAUAAUGAUUUUAAGGUAGAAGAUCUUUUAAAUCGUGCUUUCAUGCACUACCUUUGAGCUACAGAGAAUCCAAUGUCAAGUCAGGAAAUGAAGUAGUGUCUUGUGGCAUAUUACUGUGACAAGCAUCCCAAACACUGCAUGUUCAUGUCAGCAAUGUCAGAAGUCUAGUGUGUGUUAACCCUUUGAUCAGCAUCUAAUUUCUCUUUACAGUAGUACUGCUGAAUCAUCGAUUAAAAUCAUAAGAACACAGGAAAUGACCGUUAACCUAAGAAGCUUUGAAGAGUGUGGAGAAUGUGAAUACUGAUAUUGGGAUGCAAAGGGUUAAUACUUACGGAAAUAUUAGAAACUUUUGAGUUUUUUUUAGGGAAUAAAGAAAGCUUUGUUUUUCUUUGUAGUGGCAAACUUUUACAAGAUAUUGGGAAAAACGUGUUCAAUCUUACUUAGACUGCAUCUCAUUAAAAUAUCCCCUGAGAAAUUGCUUUAAAAGCGGAAAACUGUUCUUUGUUUCUUACAGAUGAUUUCUAAAUAUCUAAAGAAUAGUCAUGCUUCUACUCAUAAUCAGUAUGACAUGGAACUGCUGGAUGUGUUUGCACUGGAACAUGAAAAGAAAGAUUUCACUGAUGUGGGCAACAGGUGAGUAGCUUGUUGGGGAUAGUCGCUAUGGGAGAAAGAAAAGUGUCCUCUAAAUUUCUGGAUAGGUCGUUUGAAAAGGUUCUUAUUGACCCUACUCUCCCCCUCCCCCAACUCCUACCCACCCCGCAAAAAAGAAAUUCUAAAGCAAGACUACUCUUACAACAGCCUCUUUGAUAGUUACUAGAUGAUGAGUAGGCAACUUUUCUAAUUCUGUCGUCAUUUGUGCAGGAUGCUUCUCUGGCAUGGAUCUCGUUUAACAAACUGGGUUGGCAUUUUAAGUCAAGGAUUGAGGAUAGCUCCGCCAGAGGCUCCAGUGACAGGGUACAUGGUAAGAACUCUUUACUUAGAAAAGCAGGUCGAUUAUUUAAAUUUAAGGCUUACAAGAAGACCUUUUCGAAGAAAUAUCGUGAAAAGAUAAGCUAAUUGAAAGAAGUACGCUCCAUGUUUUUAAAUCUGCCACGAAAAUUUGACACUAACCGAGUUUUGAGAUUAACUAAGGCUGUUCGUUACGUCACUUGACCUUCCUCGUUUUUCGCUCCACAACCACCAUAGGGCCGCUGUUAACUUUGACGCUCCGCUUGCUUACUGGACGCAUCAAAAAGGCUAGCCAAACAACCGCUGCGCACGAAACUUCUAAGUUAUCGGAUUCACUUGUUUAUUUAUUUACUCAUUUUUUUCAUUCAGUUGUUCAUCUUUUAUUCAUUGCAAGUUUCUGGCAGAACUCAAACAUAGAGAACUUAUUACAUAUACUAAGCCUUGGUUUCUUACGUUACAUUCCACGCACCCAUCAUUUAAUUUUUUUUUCUCGAAUUAUAUCCUAGUUUGGUAAGGGUAUCUAUUUCGCUGACAUGUCAUCCAAAAGUGGAAAUUACUGCUUUGCAACAAGAUCGAAGAAUGUUGGCAUUCUUUUACUCAGUGAGGUUAGUAAAGAGUCACUUUCGUUAACUUUUCAGUGAUGCUAUUGUAGGUACUUGCUUUAAAAUUUACCUAAAAAAUUUACCUGACCCCUCCCAAUUUUCUAUAGCCCCCCCCCUAUUCUACUCUGUUGGCGACGACUGACACCCCCCCCCCCCUCACCUCCCCUUAAAAACCAUGUGAUACCACCCAGGCGUUAAAUACUUGAUUACUGGUCCCUCAAAUUCCAAUAGUUUCUUCGCAGUGUUUAGGCGGCUAAAAGCAAGAACUUAAUUUUUUUACUUUUUGCUGUAAUUUCAUGCUUAACCGCUUCAUCAUCGCUCAGGUAUCCCUGGGGAAGAGUAACGAACUCUUGGCUGCAGAUUAUACCGCUGACAAACUGCCAUCUGACUGUCAAAGUGUGAAAGGUAUGGGUCGGGUAGGUCCCGAUCCGAAUGACACCUACACAAUGUAAGUCGCCAAAGAUUACAGUAUUUCUUUAAUGUAGUUCCUGAGAACACGGUAAGAUAAAAGGGCGAAGGGAAUGCACAAAGUCAAAAGAGAAUAUAGCUCAUUCGAUUUUUUCCAAAUCAUGACCAGGUGUGUUUGGUUUUUUGCGUAUCUUUUCCUUGGCAGUUCUUCCCAUUGGAAGCCGCCAUAUUAAAAAAAAAACCCUGGUAUUUAGAGUAUGGAAAAGGGAUUUGUGGAGGAAAAACUGUCAUAAGUACUGCCAAGAAAAUUUAUUUGGUUGAAAUGCGACCUAAGAAUGAAGGUUGAACUCUCGUUAAUUGCCUCACAGGUUAGAAAAUUGCAUAGCUCUCUCGGAAGCAAGUAACUUUUCACCAUAAUUUCUUGUUUUUAUCCUACAGGCCAGACGGGGUCACUGUCCCUUUUGGUAAAACUACUGAGACUGGUGUUGUAAACCCACGUGGAUACACGCUGAACUAUAACGGUACCUGGACAUUAUGUUAUCUUUACUUUUGUUCCGAAAACAAUCGAAGUGAUGGGACGUGCCCGCUGAAACAUUUUUAAGGUUCAAAGGGCGAGUAUUUGAGUGUCGGCGUUGGGUUGGAGAGUAGCAAUUUGAGAUUAUUUUUUGCAAAGUUGUGUUGCUGUUUUACUGUAUUGGUGAAGUUUUGGCUUAUCACUUCCCAAAGAGUUUCUUGCGAACAAAAAUUUUUUAUUAACCGUCUAUCGUGAUUUCAAAAAAUCCAAGAUAGUUUCCUUGGCUAGACUAAAAAAGGAGUUCUUGGAGUUAUUCUGCGAAUUGUUUGGUAAAUUUUUAAUUUCUUGUCGUGAGAAAAGAUAUGUCCUCUUUAUAGUUAACAAAGUAUUGAGGUUAUUUUUUCCUUCAUUCACAGAGUACAUUGUCUACAACACAAGUCAGGUAUGAAUUGCAUUAUCGAUUGAAACAAAUCAGUAACCGUGUAACUGCAGAGCUUGCCGCCAUUAGAUGUAGUAUGUUUGCCAAAGGCGGGGGAAAAGCCGCGGAUGCAAGGGUAACAAUCUUAUUUGAAGGCUGAACGGAACAGGAGACAUGAAAGAUGUCGUGAACUUGUGCCUUUGUAAAGGUGUCCUAAGUAGCUGUUUUUAAAAUGUCACACAACAACACCUUCUCUUGUGUGGGAGCGACCAUGCGUGGCAUAAAUCCCGUAACCUCGUCCUUAGGGCGCUAUUACAUUAAAAUAAAAGUAUCCUGGUCGCCCCCCUCCCUCCCUUUCCCUCCCCUCCCUUCCCCUCCCUUCCCCUCUCCUCCCCUCCCAAAUGAAAGGUCGAGAAGGAGAUGCCUAAUGAGGUUAAACGCCAAAUAUUACAAAACGUGUUUGAUCAAUUUUGUGCUCAUCUUUUAUCCUUCCUCAGGUUCGCAUGCGGUACUUAGUGAAAAUAAAGUUUAAUUUCAAGUAGAUGCACAGGUUCCCAAUGGAAGGAUCGUUUCGGUUAUGGCUGUCAACGCAAAUAGUGUUCAAGCCGAAAGUUGAAAUAUUUAUAUAGAUACAACAAAAUACAGUUUAGCUGAUGAUGAAUUUGGCAGUGGCUACCAUUAGAUGCGUGUUGCUCCUCCUGAUGUAGAUGGCCCCUCCUGUGUGUGUAAUGUUACAAGUAAUUGGUGGAAAUUACGUAACUGAAACAGACUCAGAACACUAUUUGAUUCUAAGUUCGCUAGUUUUCUCUUUUGGUGACGACGAAACGGUUUUUUUACACCUCUUCUUUUUUCCUUUUUCCUUGUUUUUCCUUUUUCUCAAGUAACAGGUAGUUCUUCAAACCUGUCAGAAAUUACGGAGAGAAAGUGGAAACGGAAAUGAAGACUUUGUAAACUUGGAGGUCAUUUCGCUGUUUUUCGAGUUAGAACCAAAACGAACUAUUUGAUUUCUUAAGAAACUGUUGCCGGUGUUUUGUCGGUGGGCAAGUGAAAAAGCUAAUGGGCUAAUUACAGGUAUUUAAAACGCUGCAGCGAAUUUUUGAAAGCUGCUAUUUCUACCUUAAAUACUUCGACGAAAAAUUCUCUCAAAAUUAUUUGCCGCAACUCACCUACUUAUGGCUGAAACCAACUAAUUACAGAUCUGUAAAAAAAACCGUAUACGAGAGUUAAAAAAAGCUAACUUGUCAAAAUGAAAGAAUCAAAUAUCACUUCUAAUAUUUGUCUUUUUUAUUAUAAGAUGUAGCUUCACGGUGAGAAGGGCCUUACAGUUAGGUCUUGCAAAAACAUUUGGAUCAGUUAGGCUCUUCAUCUUGCUCCCUUAACCAAGAUCUUAAACUUAUGAGCAAUGUUCACCAUUUAAGGAAGCUCUUGAUCGCUAAAAAAAUUCUCCUUGUCAGCACCUUAAGAAAUGUAUAAAGAGCAGAUUGGAGAAUGUAUAAUGAUGUUAGUGCGUGAAGGGUUGAUCGGCCUCUUAGUGAUGACCGUAGAAUCGGGAAGUACUGGGUUCGACUUCUAUUGGGAACACUCGGAGUUCUAUUUCUCGUAGCCUACGUUUAGCCGUACCCUCUCCCCCAAGGUGAAACGGAAGCUUCCGUCUCACCAACCCGCAGUGAUUACUUGCCAGAUUCAGAAUUAAACAGUACCCGGUCUUUAGAAUACUUUUCCUUGUGUAUGGCGACGUCUGUUGACCUCCCUUGCCUGUUGUGGAUUAAA